GCUUUACCAACUAUGGAUUGGGCUAUAUUAAAAUCAGAUCUAGAUUGUGUAUUGAUUCAACUCGCUCAACCAUAUGUGCUUAGUUCAUUAAGGAUUCUGCUUAAUGAUGGCGACAGCGAAACUUGUGGUUACAUUAUUCAUGUUUCGGUCAAUAAUGAAGUCUGGGUACCGAUCGUGGAUAAAUCUAAGAAGCCAGUACAUUCGUUGGAGUUGUUGAAAUUUGAUCCCACGCCGAUAGUGUAUAUACGUAUUACUGCCGUUCGCCAUUUAAAAAAUUACAAACUUAUUAAAAAAGUAUUUAUUGAGGCACCUGCUCAAGUAUCGCAAGAUUCCAAUGCCACGCUAAAACAGUCACGGUCGAUAUUUUGUUUUUAGGUCGUCAAUAGAGCCAUCAUUCGCUAGAAGGUCUACUUCUAUAAAGAUUUUAUUGGUUUCUUUUU